AUGGAAAUAACAGCCGGAGUACGUUGUCCUUCGAAAGCCUACCCUUACAGGUCCCCAAAACUCCAACUCACAACUGCGUUUCAACCGGCAAGCCGAGACCAAUCGUCAGGCAAGCACACGCCGGAAGAUUUCGACCAUGAAUUGUCGCAACCAAACAUCUGUUCAACAAGAACGUUGAACACCGAUCAUUGCAUAUGGAGGAACAUCCCACAGGACGCUCGUCAGUGGACCAAACACUGCCUCACUCGCUCAGCCGGCAAGGUCCACAAGCAUGCACGAAAUCCACAAUCCUACUGCUUCCAACUCGAACCAUCAAGUCUCAGCAUUUCCAACACCUGUCCCACCUCUACCCAAAACCCUAACACCUCGCAUAUUGUAGUUCUGGAAGUGCCGAUAAUUACAAGCUCCACCGCCGAGCCAAAUGGGGGAAUUGAAAAAAGAAAAGCGAGUUUGUAUUACUUCCUCGGAAUUCGAACUUACACUUCAGAAGCGGGGACUUGGCUUAACAAAAUUCGAAAGCCCAGGUCUUUGAUUACUAGACUUGGAAGUCGUCUUUUAGCCAUUCAACGUUCAUUAAGUUCAAAGUUGAUUGACUUGGUGAAAUACUGA